AUGGAGAAUCUCCUCGCUAUGCUUGUGCCGGAGCAGUGCUUUUGGUACGCCCACCCGUGGGGGGAGUACCACAUGCGGGGCAAUCGGCUUGGGGAGUUCUUCAGCGGAAACAUCAGCGGUAACUACGACACUUUGUUACCCCUGACGGCCGACCAUGCUCAAGAGGUGAAUCGGUUCAAGGCUAUCAUCAUCGGCGGGGGCGGGAUAUUUGCCGCCAAACACUCUCCGCUGUGGGUGGACGAUUUCGCGAAAGACCUUACCGUGCCCAUCAUCAUCAUGGGCGUCGGGGCGAGCAUCGUCGCGAACCACUACAAGGUCCUGGUCGACAAGGCUGCCUUCGUGUCCGGGAGGGACGAGCGAUCGAUUGCCGCCUUCACCAGCCUGUUGCGAAAAAGUGGGGAUAGAUCCUUGUUGAAACCGGAGGAUGUCGCCCUCGUGAGGGAUCCGGUGUUGAGCGACAAGAUGUUGACGGACACUGACGGCACGUGCUGGAGACAGAGCCAAGGCGAGUUCCAGCCGCUUUGCUUCAUCCUGCCUGCCGCGAACACCGAGGUCCUCAAGGCGAUGCACGAGCACCUCCUGGACAACGUCGUCCAACGCGGAGACGUCUUCGUUAACGUGUUCCCCAAGCACCAGGACGAGAUCGUCAACAACUUCGACUACCCGGGCAAGGUUCACCUGAUGCUCGAUCCCAACGAGUACUCGAGGCGCUUGUGCGCCUGCAAGGCCAUCAUCUCGACCAGGCUUCACGGGGCCAUCCUGGGGCUCCACAUGGGGGUUCCGACCUUUGGAAUGUUCCGCGUACCGGAGGGAAACAAGGUCCCUGACGUGAUGAUCGACGUCAUGCAACUGCCGGACCAGUUCUUCGUUAUCAACGAGACGCUAUCUCGAGGCUUCGUGGACGAAAGAGUUGAAACCGUCGUGGGACUGUACAACGACAUACACCGAGGGCACCGCGCGUCCAUUCACGCCAAGCUGGCGUCGUUCACGGACGAUUUCCUGGUUCACGCACGCCACGUGCUGUUCGACGUUAUCGGUGUGCAAGAUCCAAGCAAGAAGAACAUCCAGAGCAAAGAUGAUGGACUUCUUCCGAAUGAGAACCAGCACCAGCGCCGAAGAAACAGCGCAACGAGAAGGAGAACACAGGGAGAGGCUGGCCCGGCAUGACUGACCGUCAGUAGCAGCGACGGCCGCGGUGUCGGCAACGACGAAACGGGAACGUUAGUAUCGAUAGCGGCCGCAGCUGCAACUGCGAUGGAGAUACUUGCCUCCUACGCAGGACAAUGAGUGCGGUCGCCGCGCGCAAAAUCAUGCUUUUGUUUCACGCUGGUGACACGGC